CUCACAGAGGUAGCUCCUCCGGUGGCAGCGGCUCGGCGCCCGCGGUACAUGGACCGGAACCCCGGGCCGACGGGCAGGAACAGGGGCCGAGAUCGCCGCCUCCCCGCGUCAGGCUCCUCCUCCCCGCUCCCCACCGCCUCGGACGCCUGCUGGCCGCGCCCCGCCGCCGCCGGCCUAGCUGCGCCUCCCAGGGAGGCUGGGUGGCCGGUUCGCCGCUGCCACGACUGAGGCCUACUCCGCCGCCUCUCAGUGCUAUUGUCCCUGGGCGGGCCUGGCCGCGACCCGGGCCGCUGGGCAGGGCCAGUGCGCCGGCUCUGCAGAAGAUGCCGGACCAGGCCCUACAGCAGAUGCUGGACAGAAGUUGCUGGGUGUGUUUUGCCACUGAUGAAGAUGAUCGAACAGCUGAAUGGGUGAGACCAUGCAGGUGCAGAGGAUCUACCAAAUGGGUUCAUCAGGCUUGUCUACAGCGCUGGGUGGAUGAAAAACAAAGAGGAAACAGUACAGCCAGAGUGGCAUGUCCUCAGUGCAAUGCUGAAUACUUAAUAGUUUUUCCAAAGUUGGGUCCAGUCGUUUACGUCUUGGAUCUUGCAGAUAGACUGAUCUCAAAAGCUUGUCCAUUUGCUGCAGCAGGGAUAAUGGUUGGCUCUAUCUAUUGGACAGCUGUGACUUAUGGAGCAGUGACAGUGAUGCAGGUUGUAGGCCAUAAAGAAGGGCUGGAUGUGAUGGAGAGAGCUGAUCCUUUAUUCCUUUUAAUUGGACUUCCUACUAUUCCUGUCAUGCUGAUACUAGGCAAGAUGAUUCGCUGGGAGGACUAUGUGCUUAGACUGUGGCGCAAAUACUCAAAUAAACUACAAAUUUUGAACAGUAUAUUUCCAGGGAUUGGUUGUCCUGUUCCUCGAAUUCCCGCUGAAGCUAAUCCUUUAGCAGAUCAUGUCUCUGCUACCCGAAUUUUGUGUGGAGCCCUUGUCUUUCCUACUAUUGCAACAAUAGUUGGUAAACUGAUGUUCAGUAGUGUUAACUCUAAUUUACAAAGGACAAUCUUGGGUGGAAUUGCUUUUGUUGCCAUAAAAGGAGCAUUUAAGGUUUACUUCAAACAGCAGCAAUAUUUACGUCAGGCACACCGCAAGAUUCUAAAUUAUCCUGAGCAAGAAGAAGCAUAGAACUGUGACUUCUGGUUCUUCUGCAGUCCUCUCAUCCAUAUGAAUCUGUUGUCUGGUUUUGAAUCCAUCAUUAGUGCACUAGUGGAGACUUGUGAUAAGCUGCUGCUCCUAUAUUUUUAACAAGUAUAAUAAAGCACUUAGGGCAGGGGGAAUCCUCUCAGUAAUCACGGAACCUAAGGAUGUGAUUUAUUGUCAUUGUUUUGUAUGUACUUCUUUUAAGGCAGUCAUCUAAACCAUUAUCUUAGCAUGGUAAACUGGGUUCGUAUUUUCUCCAGACAGCAUUGUAAAGAUCAGUCUAUACAAAUAUAAAAAUGCACAUGCUAUUUUAUUCUAAUGUCUCUUUUGUACAUGUUCAUGUUCAAUGUUUUCUUAGAAUCAGCAAUUCAAUGAAGGUACUAUGAGGAUUUUUCUCAAUUGGCAUAAUUUGAUUACAUACUAAACAGAAACAUGUUAAUAUGAGGAAAUGUAAAUUAAAUUAGUUAUGAAUAAAUAACAAGCCAAAAAUGUGUGUAAACAUUCAAAUGAUUAUCUGAGAAAUGAAAUUUUGUUGUGUUUUCCAUAACCCAUGUGAUGUUCUCCAAAAUGUAUAGGGUAAAAAUUCACAGGGCUUCCAGAUUAAAUUUUCACUAUUAAAUUUUAUUUAUACAAUGUUGACAUAACAUACUUUAUAAAGUAAUUUUGACUCAUGUAGUCUUGAUUACAGUGUGUGACUGUUUGUCUCAUCAGGUACAUUGAUCUCUGGAAUGAGGUUUUUAAGUCCAUAUUUCUGGAAACUAGAGCUGCCAGUUUAUAGUAGUUUGAGCAGAGAAUGAUUUGAAAAAAAAAAAACAAAAACAAAAUUAUUUUACUUUGCACUUUCAGUUAUUCCGAUACUUGUUGAUCACCUCCCUUCUAUUUGCCCCAGUGCUCUGCUGAGUGCUAAGGAUACAGUGGUGAACAGACAAGCGUGGUCCGAGCUCUCACAGAGUUUACAAUCUGGUUUCAUCAGAUAGGAAACCAGUGGUGAGUAAACCAAGGCAAGGGCUGAAGCUCUUUGUUUUUAUAGCAGGCAGUGAGGAGUUAAUUAUGAAAACACAGACGUGAGUAAAUUUUGAGGUUAUUUUUCGCUAAGUCAGUUUAUUACAGAAAACCAGUACUAAUGAUUUUAACUUUUAAUUGUCAUGUUGAAAAGGUUAGCACCUUAAUCAUUGUUUAACUAGUUUAGUGUUUUUCAAAAGCAAGUAUUUAUUUUCAGCCAUUCAGUAGAGUGGCCAUCAUGUUGUUCAGCAAUCUAAAUGAUUUGGAUAUUUUCAUUAAUUAAAAUUAAAAAUUUUAAAGAUAGUUCCAAAAACCCUAUCUUUUUGUUCACAGUACUUAAUGCAUAACAGUAGUAAAUAUUUCCCCUUACUGAUAAGUGGCCACUGCUCUUUAUGAGUUUAGCAAAUAUAGACUAGGCUAUGUUAGAUUGCAAUAAUGUAUAUUAAUUUUAGUAAUUAAUGGCUGAUGUCUUUCUGUAGUAUGAAUGUCUUAAUUUUGAGUUAUGUGGUAUUAAUGUGAAUGACUGUUGAACAUUCAGAAUUAGAAUUUCUGGGAGGGGAGAUUUGACUGAGUGAGCCUUAUUGAAAAUACUACUACUAUUCUGAAAGGGGAAUUUUAAAUCUGUAAUCAUAUAUAAAGGUAACUUAGAUUCUAUAGCUGUAAUUGUAAUGUAUAUUGGCUUUGAGUUUUUCAAUAUGAAAAGAUACAUUAAGUAGACAUUUCCUGCACAAUUUUGUUAUAUAAUAGAACAGUUCUUAGGCAGUCUUUUCUAUAUAUUGUCCCUAUCUACUACUUUAAUGCCCAAGAUGGGAAAUAGCUGCUGGGGUUUACUGGCAUUAAAGCCCAUGAAGGCCAGGGAAGGAACAACUCUGAUAUUUUGGGGGCAAAGGGGAAGGGGUUUCUAGGGCUACAAGGAGGGAACUACAAGUGCCUGGGGACCAGAGUGACCUCUAGCUUGGAAAUUGAAUACUUUUAACAGCCUUAGCUCAAGAAACACCAUGUGCCAGCUUUCUAGGAAGGUGGCCUGCCCCACACAAAGCAACAAAAGAUCAGAGGCAGACUUAAAGUUGGAUGGACCUGCAUUCAAAUCGUAAUUCAGCUUUUAUUGACUGUGUGACCAUGGCCAAGUGACUUAACUAUGAUUUCUUAGCCAUAGUUCUCUUCAUCUCUGAAAUGCAAAGUAAUAAUUAGAAGACUAUUUCUAGGAUUAACUCAGAAAUUAAAGGAAUGGGGGCAUUUUAAGCCUCUAAAGAGCAGUACUUUUUUUUUACUUGCCAGUCUGUUUGUACUCUAGGGAAAGGGAAUAAAGAGGUAGAAGAAAACUGUAGAGGACAAAUUAAAGAGAUGAUGCCAGGCGUAAUGGCAAAUGCCUAUAGUCCCAGCUCUCAGGCGGCUGAGGCAGGAAGAUCACAAUGAGUUCAAGGCCAACCUGAACCACAUGAGACCCUGUUUCAAAAAACUAACAAAUAAAUAAAUAAAAAAACAGAGAAUGUAGGCUUUUGGGAUGGAUGGUAUAUUUUGUGUUUUCUAGUUUAUUUUCAUAUUGCUUUUCUGUGUCAUUUGUAGAAUUUUUAAUGUUUAAAUCUCUUUUAUAAAAUCCAGUGACUAGAAUUCUGUUCUUUGCAGAUGUUACCUUAUCUCCAUUUUAGUGGCUGAAAAUAAUGUCCAUCAUUAGAGGAUUAUCAAAUGAGUGUGCAGAACAUACAGUUAGUGACUUAAUUAGUCACUGCCUUGCUAAUUCUGCUGUAAUUUUUUUAAACGUCUUGUUUUUAAUAUAGCAGACUUUCUCAGUACUGGCUGGAUUAGGUUGAAUAAAGAAUUUUUAUGUUCUUUA